CGCGUGACGCCAUCUCCGCGCGACAGGGGGAAGGGCGGGGCGAGGCGGCGCGCGGCGUUUCCUGGUAACUGUCGGCGCGGGGACGCGGAGCGGAUGCGCGGCCCGGAGUCCCCGACGGGCCCGGCGUCCCGGCCGGGGCCGGAGGUGCUGGGCCAGGCCGCCCGGCUUGCCUCCUCUGGGCUCCUGCUGCAGGUGUUGUUUCGUUUGAUUACCUUCGGUUUGAAUGCAUUUACACUUCGAUUUCUUUCAAAAGAAAUAAUAGGAAUAGUAAAUGUCAGGUUAACAUUGCUUUACUCGACUAUCACCUUCUUAGCAAGAGAGGCCUUUCGCAGGGCAUGUCUGAGUGGGAGUACAAAUCGAAAUUGGAGCCAGACCUUCAACCUCUUAUGGCUAACAGUUCCCUUGGGUUUGUUUUGGUCCUUGUUCCUGGGUUGGGUCUGGUCCCAGAUCCUUGAAGUACCUGAUCCUAAUGUAGUACCCAGUUAUGGAGUUGGAGUGGCAGCAUUUGGCCUCUCAGCAGUGGUUGAACUCUUAGGAGAACCUUUCUGGAUCUUAGCACAAACACAUAUGUUGGUCAGGCUUAAGGUGAUUGCUGAAAGUCUGUCAAUAAUCCUCAAAUGUAUUUUGACAGCUGUUUUAGUCGUGUGUUUGCCUCAUUGGGGACUUUACAUCUUUUCUUUAACUCAGCUUUUGUAUACCACUGUUUUGGUGAGCUGUUAUGCCAUUCAUUUCAUGAAGCUGAUGAGUUCCCAACAGUCAACCAAGAAGUCUCUUCCAAUCUCAAGAAUGACAGAUCUGUUACCUCACAUCACAGUAAAAGGGACUUUUGUUAAUUGGAAAGAGGCUAAAUUGACGUGGAGUUUCUUCCAACAAUCCUUCCUGAAACAGAUUUUGACAGAAGGUGAGCGGUAUGUGAUGACAUUUUUGAAUGUGUUAAAUUUUGGAGACCAAGGUAUUUAUGACAUAGUGAACAACCUCGGCUCACUUGUGGCCAGAUUGGUUUUCCUGCCAAUUGAGGAGAGUUUUUACAUAUUCUUUGCUAAGGUUCUGGAGAGGGGAAAGAGUGUCAAGCUUCAAAAACAGGAGGAUAUUGCCAUGGCAGCAACAGUUUUAGAGUCCCUGCUAAAACUUGUCCUUCUGGUUGGUCUGACAAUCACUGUUUUUGGCUAUUCAUAUUCUCAGUUGGCCUUGGAUAUUUAUGGAGGGUCCAUGCUUAGUACUGGAUCAGGUCCUAUUCUCCUUCGAUGCUAUUGUUUAUAUGUUCUCCUGCUUGCUGUAAAUGGCAUAACUGAAUGUUUCACAUUUGCCUCUAUGAGCAAAGAGGAAGUCGACAGGUAUAAUUUUAUUAUGCUGGCCCUGUCAUUCACAUUCUUGCUGUCUUCCUAUUUCCUGACCAAGUGGCAAGGCAGCGUGGGCUUCAUCUUUGCCAACUGUUUUAACAUGGGAAUUCGGAUUGCACAAAGCAUACGCUAUAUCUAUAGGUACUUCAGAGAGAGUCCUUACAGGCCACUGGCAGGCCUGCUUCCUUCACCAUUUCUAAUUGUAGUCUACGUGCUUUGUGGAGUGGUUACUGGUAUUUCAGAGGUGUUUUUGUGCUGUGAGAGAGGCUGGCUGACCAGACUUCUGCACAUCAUUGUGGGUGUUUUGUGUUUGGGAGCUACCCUUGUGACUGUGUUCUUCACAGAGACCAAGCUUAUCUUCUUUAUUCGAACUCAGUUCCUACCCAAAUAUAUCCAGAAAAAAACAUGAACAUAUAAGAGGACCAGUUCCUGUAUUUAGUUCUGCAGGCCUAUCAGAAUGGUUUGUGGUGCAGAAGCUCAUUUCCUGUUCAAAGGAAGAAUAUCAUGAGAAUCCACUGAGGUUCUGGUAUUAACAAAAUCAUAGGUUUAUAAGAAACUAGAAAGUGGGAACCCAUUGGAAAAUAAUAGACAUAAUAUUUGGUUUAUGUUUCCAAUCCAUUUGGAAUUUUAAAUGUUAAUGAAGGAUAUAAUUUUUAAACAGAAAUGAAAUUAAUAGUAGCAUUUUCAAUUGUCUUUUCGUCAUUUUGUACUGAUUUUUUUUUUCUUUGUUGAUUCCUUUUUGGUUUCAUCUAGCUUAAUAGCCAAUUGUAUAAUUUCUAGUUUUUUUUUUAGCUUUGAGUAAACAUUGAGCCCUCUAAAAGAGAUCUGAUUAUUUAACUGUCUUUAAAAACAUUUCAUUCAUUUCUUCAAGAAAGGAAGAAUGCAGAGUUUUGCUUACAAAACAGAAAUUAAGAUACUUGAGUGAUUCUUUCUAUCACAAUGUGAUUUUUACUUUCAGGGAAGAAUAAAUGUCAUCCAUCCCACAAGUCAGGAAAAAGAAGCAUGUAGUCUUUCUGAGAAGCAUGUUUCUAAGAAGCUUGAAUUAUUAGGAAAUAAAUAAAAAGGAAUUCAGGAAAGUAAAAUAUAGAAUUCAGGAUGAAAGAAGGAUAACAUUUACUUUUUAAUUGAUUAUAAAUAAUUAGACUAACCAUCUAAAAAAACCAUGGUAUUUUGAAGAAAGAGAUCACCAAAAAUGAGCUACCUUUGGUUCUAUAGCCAAAUGUUGUCUUUGUAGCUGACCUGAACUUUUUAUAGAGAAUGAAAAUAGUAUAGAAAAGCAACUUUGACUGAACAUCUUUCUUUUCCGUGUUUCUCCCUCCUUAGAAAACAUAAUACUUUAAACAGUAUAACUAAUAAGUCAGUAAUCAAACAUCUGUGACUUUAAUUGGUACAAAAAUUCCCUCUACCAAUUCCAAUUGCAUACUGUUUAUAAGUUAGUAGAGAAGUUUUAGACAGUUGUAGGAAGUUUAGAUAGAUUCAGUGACUUGCCUUUGGUCACACAGUUUAUGAGUUUCUGACUCCAAAUCCUAUAUUCUUUACUAAGCCUUGUUGUCUCUCCUUUAUUGUAACAAAUACCAUUCUGAUAUGUUAUUCAUGAAAGAUUGUGCCUUUGCAACAUGACCAUCCCAAGUUGUUGGCCCACUUAUUUCUACUUUUAGUUAUGACAAUAAAUAUGAUAAAUUUCCAGCCUAACCCAAGAAUAGAGCUGACCCAUGAUGCUCAGAGUAUAGAGGGGUUUAUAGAAUAAUAAUGGAAAUUCAGUCUCAGUCAUUCAGUCAUCAUUUGACUACACAGAGCUCAUACUGUGUGCAAGGUCUGUGUUAAACAUAAACACUGUGGGUCAUCAAAAGAUGGAUAAGACACUGUCAUUAAUUAUCCCCAUAUUAGCCAUGUAAAAUGGAGAAAAUAAGGUCCUCAUCUGGAGCCUCUAAAUAGUUCUCCCUAGCUUUGCAGAAGUAUGUCUUCUGUGAGUUUCCCAAACCCAUGGUACUCUGCCAACAGAAUAAACUUCAGCUUGUGCCCAUUAGAUCACACCCUUUCUAGUCAUUGUUCUAAAGAUUCAGGUUGCUAUUAUAAGACUUCUCCAGUAACUUCCCAAGUUUCUUGGAACUGAAAUUCUCCCAAAUUUUGGAUCCCUUUGAUCCCCCCGCCCUUUUUUUUUUUUUUUU